GUGUUGCUGUUACUGAUAGCUGAAAUGGAGCCGAAAAGUGGUCAACUGGACCGAAGUAACUUCUCCUGUUCCAUCUGUUUGGAUCUAUUGAAGGAUCCGGUGACUAUUCCUUGUGGACACAGCUACUGCAUGAACUGUAUUAAAGACUUCUGGGAUGGAGAAAAUCAGAGGAGUAUCUAUAGCUGCCCUCAAUGCAGAAAAGAGUUCAAAGCGAGGCCUGUUCUUGAGAAAAGUGUCAUAUUAGCUGCUUUAGUGGAAGAUCUGAAGAACAUCGGACUCCAAGCUGCUCCAGCUGAUCACUGCUAUGCUGGACCUGAAGAUGUGGCCUGUGAUGUCUGCACUGGAACGAAGCUGAAAGCUUUCAAGUCGUGUCUGGUCUGUGUUGUUUCUUACUGUCAGAGUCACCUCCAGCCUCACUAUGAUGUUCCUGGUUUGAAGACACACAAGCUGAUGGACCCCUCCAAAACGCUCCAGGAAAACAUCUGCUCUCGACAUAACGAGAUGAUGAAGAUUUUCUGUCGUACUGAUCAGAAGUGUAUAUGUUAUCUCUGCUCAAUGGAUGACCAUAAAGGCCAUGAAACAGUCUCAGCUGAAGCAGAAAGGACUAAAAAGCAGAAGGAUCUCAAAGUGAGUCGACAAAAAAUCCAGCGGAGAAUCCAGGACCAGGAGAAAGAUGUGAAGCUGCUUCAACAGGAGGUGGAGGCCAUCAAUGUCUCUGCUGAUAAAGCAGUGGAGGACAAUGAGAAUAUCUUCACUGAUCUGAUCCGUCUCAUCCAGGAAAAAAACUCUGAUGUGAAGCAGCAGAUCAGAUCCCAGCAAGAAACUGAAGUGAGUCGAGUCAAAGAGCUUCAGAAGAAGCUGGAGCAGGAGAUCACUGAGCUGAAGAGGAAAGAUGCUGAGCUGGAGAAGCUCUCAAUCACAGAGGAUCACACCCAGUUUCUCCAGAACUACCCCUCACUGUCAGCACUCAGUGAGUCUACACACUCAUCCAGCAUCAAACUUUGUCUUUUGAGAUAUUUUGAGGAAGUGAUAGAAGCUGUGUCAGAGCUCAGAGAGAAACUAAAGGACAUCCUAAGAGACACAUGGACAAACAUCUCAGUGAGAGUUGCUCAAAAAGAUAUUUUAAUGUCAAAAGCAGAACUAGAACCAACUUGCAGAGCUGGAUUUUUGAAAUAUUCACAAAAGAUCACCCUGGAUCCAAACACAGCAAAUAGGCAGCUUUUAUUAUUUGAUGAGGACAGGUCAGUAAGAAGAGCAAAAACAACUAUGUAUUAUCCUAAACAUCCAGACAGAUUCACUGAAUGGAUUCAGGUCCUGAGUAGCGAGCGUCUAAAUAGACGUUGUUACUGGGAGGUGGAGUUGAGAGGUGGAGGAGUGGAACUGGCAGUUUCAUACAAUGACAUUAGCAGAGUGGGGCUUUCUUCUGAUGCUUUGUUUGGAUCAAAUCAUAAAUCUUGGUCAUUAAGUUGUUAUAAAAAAAGGUAUACAUUUGGUUACAAUGAGGUUUUUACUUCUGUAUCAGGUCCAUAUUCCUCCAGAAUAGGUGUGUACUUGGAUCAAAGAGCAGGUAUUCUGUCUUUCUACAGCAUCUCUGGAACCAUGAAUCUCCUCCAUAGAUUCCAGACCACAUUUACUAGGCCAUUAUAUGCUGGCGUCCGUGUUUGCCAUGUUGGAUCAUCAGCUGAAUUUAUUAAGUUGAAAUAGACAGAAUUUAUCUGAGGUCUAGUUGGUUAAAAGUUGAAUCUUUGUUUCAGUUUAUUUUGUCUCCAUCUUUGUUGCUGUCACUUCUUAACUGAUUGGAGAUCAGCUGUCAGUAUGGGCCGCAACUAUCAUCUGGUUUGUGAUUAUGGUUUCAGUCAGGGAGGUUAUUAGUGCUCCUAAAAUAUUACAUUUACUUGUAUUGCUUCAAAUUCAUGUACAGAAGAGCUGAUGAAAAUGAAAAUGAUCAUUACUAUCAUCAAUUAGGACAUAAUUGAUUCUGUUACUAGACUAAGAUCAGUAUCUGGAUCAGAAUGAUUCUAGAAACCUAAAGAAAUCUCUUUAUUAAUGUUUUCUUUCUAUGUUUUCGUUAGUGGUAGGAGCACAAAUGUUAUGUUUAGUUAUUUUACACUUUCGUUUGCGCAGAGAAGUGAUCACAUCCUUAAAAUGUUAUCUGUUUUACUUGUAUGAAACUUUUAAAAUCUGUAGAAAUUCUUGAACGUAUUUGUUUUAAAUGGGAUGUUAGUUUUCCUUCAUGCAUUAAACUCAAU